UGGAGUAAUUUCUGAGUUUUAGCUUGAGUUGGGUAAUGUCGAUGCUCGACAGAUCAAGGCACUUAUGAGGCAGCAGCCGCAAACCUGCUGCGACGGAGAGACUCUUCGUAAUGGAUUAUGAAAAUCGACUAAAUAUGCCACCAGAGAUCAAGGAAAAAGAAGUGAAUGGUCACAGAAGCACAGACGAAGAUGAACCGCUGCUUAAAGAGAACCCAAGGCGCUUCGUCAUCUUCCCAAUCCAGUACCCUGACAUGUGGAAGAUGUACAAACAAGCACAGGCCUCCUUCUGGACCGUAGAGGAGGUGGAUUUAUCCAAAGACCUGGCUCACUGGGACAGACUGAAGCCCGAGGAGAAGCACUUCAUCUCCCACGUCCUGGCUUUCUUUGCAGCGAGCGACGGUAUCGUCAACGAAAACCUCGUCCAGAGGUUCAGUCAAGAAGUGCAGGUCCCAGAGGCACGGUCCUUUUACGGGUUCCAGAUCCUCAUGGAGAACGUCCACUCUGAGAUGUACGGCAUGCUCAUCAACACCUACAUCAGAGAUCUGAAAGAGAGGGAUUACCUGUUUAACGCCAUCCAGACCCUGCCCUGUGUGAAGAGAAAGGCCGACUGGGCGCUCCAGUGGAUCAAUGACACCAAAUCUUCAUUCGGGGAGAGAAUUGUGGCCUUUGCUGCGGUGGAGGGGAUUUUCUUCUCUGGGUCCUUUGCAGCCAUCUACUGGUUAAAGAAGAGAGGCCUCAUGCCCGGACUCACCUACUCCAAUGAGCUCAUCAGCAGAGAUGAGGGUCUGCACUGUAACUUUGCCUGCCUGCUGUACAGAUACUUGGUUAAGAAGCCUUCAGAAGACAGAGUGAAGGAUAUCGUCACCAAAGCUGUCACCAUUGAGCAGGAGUUUCUUACUGACUCUUUACCUGUCGACCUAAUUGGGAUGAACAGUAUUCUGAUGAAGCAGUACAUUGAAUUUGUGGCUGACCGCUUGCUGACAGACCUGGGAUUGUCCAAGGCGUAUCAGGCAGAAAACCCCUUUGACUUCAUGGAGUCCAUUUCUCUGGAAGGGAAGACCAACUUCUUUGAGAAGAGAGUCGCAGAGUACCAGCGACUGGGUGUGAUGUCAAAUAUGAUGGACUGUGAAUUCACGCUGGACGCAGACUUUUAGCGUUAGACCAUACCAGUUUUUAUAUAAUUUAUUAUUUAUUUAUGAAGUGGAAACUGCUUCAGUUUGCUUUUAGGUACUUUUGGAAAUGGCCCUGGCCUGCAAGCAUGUGUUUUCACAAAUAGUGCAAAUACGAAAAAGACUGUUACUGGGAACUGAAUAUGGUCGCAUUACAGCAUUUAUGUGCGUAGUGAAUAUCAUUGUUACAUAACUGAUGCAACUUACUUUAUGAGCAUCAGUGUUUUACUUUUUACAUUUUCUUCAUGACUGGCCUAUGUUCAAAUGUGGUAUGCAUGGAUAGUAAACAUCUUCAGAUUACGAAAGUAAAAUGCCAGGUGGUGUCCUGACAUUUCCAUGGUUCCUAGUGCUUCUACUACAGUUGGACAGUUGUCAAUUCAGGAGGCUUUGGGUACCCUGUGCCUUAAUUUGAGGUCAGGGAAAAUGUGAAGAAGGUUUUAUUACCCUGGUCACAAUUGGCCCAUUGAGGUACUAAUAUAUUCACUUUGCAAAUGACAUUUAUCUUUGGCGUAAAUUAACGAGACAAAUGUACAUUGAUGAAAUGUGUAGACUUAAGUAACGAGAACGCCAAUACAUCUCAGCGCCUGUUGGUUGCUUUAGGUUUGCGCUAAAACGUUGCUCUGUUUAUCAGGUCAACAGUAUUUCAGCUUUAUAAAUAAACGAGUAGCUGCAGCUAAUCAGUCACGAUCAAUGGAUUUUGAAACACAUUUUGAGAUGUUUUGUUUUUGUUUUUU